GACAUUUUUGAAGAUGCCUUGGAAACCAUUUCAGUAUCUUCUCACUCAGAUAUGGCAACAAGCAACUUUCACUUUUCAUCGUGUGAGACAAGACGGGAAUCCAGACAGGUCCGAGGGUCUGACGUGAACAGUUCGUCUUCAACCAAGGUGGAUCUCAAGAGUGGUCUAGAAGAAUGUGCAGUGGCAUUGAACUUAUUUCUAAGUAACAAAUUUACUGAUGCCUUAGAAUUGCUUCGUCCAUGGGCCAAGGAGAGUAUGUACCACGCUUUGGGCUACAGUACCAUUGUGGUGUUGCAGGCUGUCAUGACCUUUGAGCAACAGGACAUUCAAAAUGGCAUUUCUGCCAUGAAGGACGCCUUGCAAACCUGCCAAAAAUAUAGGAAAAAAAGCACAGUUGUAGAAUCUUUCUCGAGUCUCCUUUCUCGAGGAUCCCUAGAACAGCUGAGUGAAGAGGAAAUGCAUGCCGAGAUCUGUUAUGCUGAGUGUCUCCUGCAGAAAGCAGCGCUCACCUUUGUGCAGGAUGAAAAUAUGAUCAACUUCAUCAAAGGUGGACUGAAGAUUAGAACAAGUUACCAAAUAUACAAAGAAUGUCUUUCUAUUCUGCAUGUAAUUCAGAAGAACAAACACGAACAAGAAUUCUUCUAUGAGUUUGAAGGGGGUGUCAAGCUUGGGACAGGAGCCUUUAAUUUGAUGCUGUCCCUUUUACCAGCAAGGAUUAUCAGAUUGCUAGAAUUUAUUGGAUUUUCUGGAAACAGGGAGCUGGGCCUCCUGCAGCUACGGGAGGGCGCGUCAGGAAGAAGCAUGCGGUCCCCGCUGUGCUGCCUCACGAUCCUGGCCUUCCACACCUACAUCUCUCUGAUCCUCGGUACGGGAGAAGUGAACGUUGUGGAAGCGGAGAGUCUCCUCGCACCCUUCCUCCAGCAGUUUCCAAAUGGCUCCCUCAUGCUGUUUUAUCAUGCCCGCAUCGAGCUGCUGAAGGGGAAUAUCGAAGAGGCACAGGAGAUAUUUCGAAAAUGCAUUUCAGUUCAGGAAGAAUGGAAGCAGUUUCACCAUCUCUGUUACUGGGAGCUAAUGUGGAUUAAUGUAUUUCUACAAAACUGGAUGCAGGCUUAUUACUAUUCAGAUCUCCUUUGCAAAGAGAGCAAAUGGUCCAAGGCGACGUACGUGUUCCUGAAAGCUGCAGUUCUGAGUAUGCUUCCCGAGGAGGACGCGGCGGCCGCUAACGAGAGCGUGGUGACUCUGUUCAGACAGGUGGACGGCUUGAAGCAGAGAAUUGCCGGUAAAUCUCUCCCUACUGAGAAGUUUGCCGUGAGGAAGGCGCGGCGCUACUCCCCCUCCUUGCCUGCCCCCGUGAAGCUCGUCGUGCCAGCCCUGGAAAUGAUGUACGUCUGGAACGGUUUUUCAGUAGUGGGGAAAAGAAAAGACCUUUGUGAGAGCCUCUUGGUAACCAUUGAAAAGGCCGAGGCAGCUUUGCAAACUGAAAGCUUCAGUGAUUAUUCUACGGAUGACGAGUGCAUAGUGAAGCUGCUUAAAGGGUGCUGCCUCAAGAACUUACAGCGGCCCUUGCAAGCUGAGCUGUGUUUCAAUCAUGUUGUGGAAAGUGAAAAGCUGCUGAAGUAUGACCACUACCUCGUGCCAUUCACUCUGUUUGAGCUGGCGUUUUUGUAUAAAAGCCAAGGAGAAAUUGACAAAGCCAUAAAGGUCCUAGAAACUGCAAGAAACAACUACAAAGAUUACUCCUUGGAGUCCAGACUACACUUCAGGAUCCAGGCGGCCCUUCACCUCUGGAAAAAACCCUCCUCAGAUUGAUCAAAAUUGAAGGAUGGAAUUGCCCUCAUGUAGCACUGGCCUGCACUAUAAAUUAGUCCUUGUAUUAAAAUGGAAAAGUGAUCUUACGAAUAAGAGACACAACACCAGUUUUAAUUGUCAAUAUUUUCUAUCAUCUGAUUUAUUGUUAGUCUGUAUAAAUUUUUUUUCUUAUGGAAUGACAUUCAGUAAUAUCUAGAAAAUUCUUAUAUUUGCCUCUCCAAAAUGAAUUUCUUGUUAAUUUUUAAUUAGGGAGGGAAGAAGUCUUUUAAAAGACCCACAGGUACAAUGGAGUCUAAUUAGAUUAUUUAUUUUUUUAUGUGGAAAUUAAUAUUGUUUAAGUAGCAAAUGGUUUAGGUUGAGCCAUUUUUAGAUUUGUUGGUCAGUUAAACUUCAGAGGUAUUUUGUUGCCUCUGCUUAAAUCUCAGAAGGAAAAGAAUGCCACGUUCAGCGUAUAACAGCAAACUCCUGGACACUGAGAGACAGCACAAGGUGUGAGCCGGGUCGGGGUACUGUGUUUCACAGGUUAAAGUGACCUGUGUUUGUCAAAGAUGAUGAAAUACUAAAUGACUGAGUUUUUACUGUUCAUGUUAGUUAAAAGUGAUGAUACUUUUGACUGUUAUUUUUGAAUGUAUUUAAAUCUAUUAUAAUAGCAAAAUUUAAAAAACCCUGUAUAUUUAAAGGGAAGAAAAGUCAUAAUUUAGAGAUUAUCCUCAACUGUAGUGAUAAACCUGAAAAUAUAUACAGUGAUUAUUUUUCUUAUAGGAAGCAAAAUAAGUUUCUGCUGCUUUAAAUGAUUUGUAAAAUAUUGAUAAUUUUUACACUGAUGGGGUUGGUGAGGUCUCAUUUUCUAAUCUCUCUCGCAUUGUGGUGGUUCCUUGUAAUGUUUGGACUCUGCUUUAUUUGGGAAACAGAAUCAGGGCCUGGAGCAGGAAGCAGCAUUGGCUCUGGACAGCCCUGGCUCUACUGCCAGUGGACAGCUAAUGGGGUGACCCUUAGGAAGUCCCUUCUCCUUCCGCUUCACUGUGUUUUCCUUAUCUGUGGAAUGGAAAAAGAACAGGUGACUUGCAAGGUCUCUUUCAGUUUUGUGACUGUGGGUUUGUACAUUAGGUGUUUAUUUUCAGCAGACAGUGUUGAAUGUUUAAUCCAAGCCAUUCCCACUGAGAACGUGUUAUGUUUUUUCAGUCACCACCAUUCCCUCCACCUGUUUCUGUGUGUGUGUUGCAGCUAAGGACCAGACUGCCUCUGGAAUGGGGGGAAACGGUUCAGGAGUUGGGUUUUGUCCUAUUUCUGCUUCUGUGUUGAGGAUGAGCACAGUCUCAUGUGUGGGAGCCCUCUCCAUUCUCACAGAAAGAGCCCCCACACUGCUGCUAGGAGUCGGGAGCCAUCUCUGCUGGUUAAGAACUCCACGAUGUGGAACAAGCGACUUCCCUUUUGGGGCUCAGUUUUCUUGGUGGGGAUAGCAAGGUGACACUUGGUGGUCAGGAGGGCUCCAUGAAAUGAUGUAUGGUGGCUUUUGGUAAACAGAGUAGCUGCAGAGCAUGAGUAAUAUUGUAAUAAUUGCGGUUUUCAUGCGUGGAUUCCAGUAGGAACGUGAAAUGAUUGGCUGAAUCUGUGGUCUCUUCCUUUAAAUGAAAGAAGUGUAGAAACUGAAGAACUUUUACAUUUAUUUGUGUAUUUGGCACUGACAAUAGCCCAGAUUAUGAAUUUGCCCCUUGCUGUGCCCAUCAGUGACUUUGUUGUUUUCCUUAAGGUACUGAUUCUUGGCCAACACUGAAGAAGUAUUUCCUGUGGAAGGUGUUAGUACAAGUGGAGGCAGGGUACCACCCCUUCAGAUGGUGUCAGGGCAGAUCUCAACACGUGCUGUUAUAUAGAUUACAUAACUUCGGGCACAGACAGAAGAGGAAAUAAAUUGAGUGUCAUUAUAUGUAAUUAGUAGUGGGAAAUAUGUUCAAUAAUUAUUUUGUGUGUAACUUUGGAAAAAGUUUAUAAAUUAUUUAGAAGAGCUUUGGUAGUUUUAUUUUUUAAGGCAGAAAUGUCCAUAUUAUAUACACAUAUUAUUUUUCUGAGAAGCAGUAAGUUGGAGUGGAUAGUAAAAAAAAUGCUCAUAUAAAAUGAAACCAUUUAAAGCUAAAUGACUUGAUGCUUAGCGACUUGAUUUUAGCUGUAUUAUCAAAAAAAAAAAAAAGAAAUUCAUCUGUAUAACUAAAAUUUUUCUUACUGUGUUUUUAUUGUUACUUCCUAUUUUUAUAGUUUCCUGGCAUUGUGGGUAAUCUGUCCAGGGGAUUUCUAAGUACUGUAUUAGCAUUUAUGCUGUGAAUAUUUAUGUUUGUUGUUGUGUUCAAGGGACUGUGCUGGCACCAGUUUCUUGUGACACCAGCUACUACUGCAUUUUGAGACCUAGUUGGUGAUUCUUGUGGUUCUGUGAGGAAUGAGCAGCGAGGUGACAGCGUUUUACCUAAUCUCUCUGGGGCGGAUGUGGUGGACUGGGUUUCCGGGUGUCUGGCAGUUUGUGCAGUUCCUGGUAUAACUGCCUUAAUUUUUUUAAAAUGGAGCGUCAGUGUUCUGAUUAGUGCUUUGUAAAUUUCAGUGGAGGCUGUGCUUCAUGUGUUGGUGACAAGGAGGGCCUGCUGGUUUUCCCUUGACAGUAGAAGAAAGGCACAUCGGCUUUUUCUUGCCAGUGCUGAGGACUGAACCCAGGACCUUGAGCGUACUAGGCCAGAAAGUACUCGACCAUUCCGUGAAUCCCCAGCCCUUCUUAAAUUUUAUUUUGAGACGGGCCCUCACCCAGCACUACAUCAGCUCUUGCCGUGCAUUUUUGUUUUUUUUUAUGUCUGGAUAUAAGAAGGCCCCAAGUUUUAUAGGAAACAUAGUUUAUUGAUUAUCUCUCUCUUCGGAGGGCAGAGACGUGGGCAGGGGUUCGGCUCCAGGGUGGGGCACUUGCUGCACAUGGCCCCUGAGUUGAUCCCCAGCCCUGAAAAAAAAGCAAACAUUGCAAGGGGCAGAGAUGAGCAAGUGGGUAGAAGCUGUAGGGAGGUGAGUUCCAGGCUCAUUGGUGGCAAGGAAGAGUUUCAAUCAUUGGUCCUAUCCAGAAGUCAGCCAACUCCGUGGGAGGGGGUGGGCUUAGCGGAGCUGUGUGAUCGUUCUUCCUGCCUGGGCGUGGACUAGUUGAAUUGGAGCUCCCUCUGUGAUUCUUUGAUAAGGGCUUCGAAUCAGUGGGGGUGACGUACAAAGAAGAAAAUGCCCUUUCAGACAAAAAUGAACGUUGCUUCUUUUGAAGUUCUGUGUGUCAGGCACAAGUGGUGUGUACUACUAAAACUCACUAUGAUUCUACUUCUCACCCAUUCCUGUACAGGGACGCUAUUGAUACUGGUGAAUAGCAGGGCACUUCCACCGUGGGCAAUAAAAAUAGUAAUUAAAAGCAGGUCUUUGUGACAGUUGGAAGACAUUCUGAUAUUACUCUAAUUCUCCAUUGAUUUAUUUUUUUGCUAUUUCUGUUUUUUUUCCUAGUUGUACUGUUUGUAAAUCUUAAAUUCAAAUACACUUAGUUGAAAUGAUUUUGUGAUUCAUCAGGCCUGGCAUGGAUCUUAGGAAAUUACCUUGUCCUUUUCAAGAUUCCAAAUAGCAUUGGUUCUCUUUCCGACCUGUUCUGUCCAGUGCAGUAGCCACGUGCCGCAUGUGGCCUUAGAAUGGUUAGGGACACGUGUGAUGCCGAGUGUCGGGGGGCCUUCCUUGGCAUGUGCUACGAGGCCUCCAGGACCCUGGUCCGUCCUGGUGUUGCCCCGGUGUCUGCCGUGACCACUCAGUGACCACAGCUGCAUCAUCAGUUGAGUUUCUGAUAUCUGUCUGUAAAGUUUACCUUUUCUGUUUAAGUGCCCUUAAAUUUUGAUGCCAUCGUGUUUAUUCUGCGGGUGAUCGCGCUCACCGGCAUGUGUAAGCAUUGGUCUUCCCCUCCGCCUCCCUCACUAAACUCCUCGAAUACUGCUCUAAAAGCCCUUACUUGGAUGAUUGCUGUUUAAUCUGAUUUUCCAGACAUUGCUUGCUUUUUCACAAACUACAGCUGUUAGGAUUAUAGAAGAGUGAUUCACCUUUGAACUGUUAGAGUUCAUUGAUUAAAACAAAAACUUCUAAAAUAGUAUUCUGAAACCUUAGUAAAGCCUUUUUGGCCCCUUUAUAUCAAUGUUUCAAUAUCGAAUCUCUCAGUUAACCCAAUGUUACUGUUUAAUGGCUUUUAGACACAAGUUAUCUAUUUAGAGAAUGUGGCAGAUGAUUUAUUCCAAGUUAUAUAUUUUAUGCCUUUUGCUGCUUCAUAUUAUUUUAAACUGUGUGUGAUAUCUAAGUGAUAUGCAUGAAUAUAAUGAAGACAUACUGUAAUCUUUUUAGACUUACCUUGAUUAGAUACAUCUGUUGAUCCAUUUAUAAAUGUAUACAAGACAUUUACUGGUAUUAAGUAGACACUGUUUUAUCCUGUUCUCUCAGGAACGCAGGCUUUUCUCUGGCUGGUUCUCCCUUGCCCUGUGCAAUGAGUUUCUCUCUUUUGAAGUGUUACAUUGCUCGUUGUAAACCCUGUUCCUGCUUCCCUUGUUGGAAGUUUUGUCUUCCAACUGUUAAAUUUAGUUACUUUGGAAUGUAACGAAAAGGGCACAUCAGACUUUGUCGUCAGGGAAAAUACCUUCUGUGUUGAAUGGUUCUCUGUGGUCUUAACAGUGAGACCUUCUGAAGAAGGAAUGGAUGGGUUCAUUCCAGUCUGUUUAUAAAACUUCCUCACCACGGAAAGAGAUGAGGUUAUAACUAGUAAGCAUGUUGAGAUGACUAAGCGGGUCUUAGCCUAAACCAGUGAUGGCGAACCUGUGCCUGGCACGUGGGCUGCAGCUGGCUGUUUGUUAUCACUGAAGCUCUAAAAGGUUUGCCAUCUAGAAGGAUGUAUGGACUUAGCUUCUGAUGAAGGUUAAGCCCUGUUCCCUCCUGUUUGCUGGGUAGCCGUGCUGAGUGUUCAACCUAGUAGCAGUGUGACUGGACUUGGUGUAUACAGAUCAAAGCAGGUGCCAUGCUAUAUUUAACUAAAAAAGAAUGCCCAUAAAUUGCAUAUUUAGUGAGAAAAAUCAAGGUACACUAAUACCAAACGUUAUGUAAAAUGGUCAGAUGUCAACAUAUAAUACACCUUGUAUGCUAUUCCAAGGGUUCGUAAAACAUUGGUAACUUCAAUGAUGGAUUUAGGAGUUUCGAGCACAUCCUACUGUGAGCUUUUGCUUUAUUGGUACUUAACAUUUUCUAGCCAAUUGGUUUUAAUUAUUGGUAGUCUUUUGAGUAUCAUUUGGGGAAAAAAGAAAAGAAGUUGGUCUUAGUGUAACAGAACUAAUAGCCAGAGAGAUUGAAUAAAUGGACCUAUUAAAGAAAAUUACUAUUUCAUUUUAAAAGGAAUUAUAUUAUUUUGAAAUUUGAAGGUAGGACACUUUCUGCCUUGGCCAGUAUACAUUUUAAUUCAUAUCUUUGAUGGAACCAAGUGUCCACUUAACAGUUUGGAAGAUAGUAAAGUGAGUAAUUUUUAAAUAAUUUUCAACAUUACUUUUUUACCUGAAGUGACUUAUUCUUCAUGGUGGAUAGUUGCUUUCUAUAGAAUGAUACGUAGUUUCUUUAAAAAAACUUUAUGUGCAAAGAGAGAUUAUGGUGAACAUAUUAAAUCUUAGGUUGUUGUUUAGAUUUAAUUGUUUAGGAGAGCAGCACCGUUGCUUCUGGUGAACCAAGAUUUGCAGAAAGAGAACACAUGCAUUUCACUGAUACGUGCUGUUCAGAAAAAGUAGUUAAUUCGCAACGAUAUGUUGCAUUCUCAUAUUGUAGAAAUUCUGUAAUUUAAUUUUUCCCCCCUUGUCGACUGAUAGUAUAAACGUCUGAAUAAAUACCAACUGACUCAUUUGUAUAUUGUUUUAAAAUACCUGUUUGCAAAUAUUCAUAGAACAGUUACAUUUUUGAUGCAAGUUGCUAAAUUGUAUAUAAAGGCAGAUCUAUAUAUUUAAUAAGUGAGAAUUAUUAUUUUAUUACUGAAAUUUAUUUCCAAAGCGAAUUUAUUUUGUAGGUGUUCUUUUAGAAAAUUUUGCUUUGCCUCCAAAACAGGGAAUAAACCUGUCUUGUGAAGUGGCCACCCAAAGCCCCUAAUGUUAACAUGACAUGUAGGAGGAUUUUGAAGUUGUUUGAUAACAUUUGCUUUUACUUUUGUUUAGAGAAAACAAAAUUAAGUUGGAGGCCACAGUAUUUUCUGAGCUUGAAGUUUCCUGUUGCGUCAUUAGGGCCACCUGUAUGUACAUUAUGGUUUAAUGUUCUUUUGUGGUUCAGUGUUCUUUAUGGUUCAAUGUUCUGUUAAUAACAUUUGUCAGUGUCUCAUCUCAUCCUCACCACAUUUGAGAUUACUCUUCUAUCUGUCUCAUUCUCAGUGGUCACAGUUUCACAGAGCAAAAAUAUUUUUAGAGAUUGAAGAUGUGUGAUUUCCGUGUAAAAUGAAUGUGUUAGUAACAUCCAUCUGCCAAUCAAAUAGACAUCGGUUAUGGUACCAGACAGUGCAAUAGACUGUAGGCAGAAAAGCAUCUUAUCAAUACAAAUCAAGAAGAAAGAAGAAAGCUGUGAACUUCUGAUAUUUUUAAUAUAAAAAUUGUCUUUCCAAUGAAUAUUUUCUUGCUGACUUCGUGUUAAUGUUAUCCAUGAUUUGUAAGUUCAUGCUGUGUAAGAUCUAAGUUUUCAACAUGAAUAUAGCAAUUCCUGUAGCCUAUUUUUAUCAUUUAUAUGUUUUUGAAAACAGAUGUCAUCUUAGAAAUUGUAUUUUGAGUGCAAAUAAAUCAUCCCAGUUUGAAAGUCAACAUGUUUUAUAUUUCAUUCCCUAGUAUUACAGAAUACUUUGCAUUGUUAAAUAUGUGUUUAAGUUGCCAGAAUUGUUUUCCGGUUUCUGUAUUUUCAUAUGGCUACAGUUUACCUACAACUCCAAUUGAGUUUUUAUUUAAAUAAAUGACAUUUGGUGGAAUCAUGGAAAA